AUGCAUUACUUGGAGGAUCAUAAGCACAAGACUGAGAUUGAUACCCCAUGUCUUGAGUAUUUCCAAAUCAAAGACACUUCACUGUGUAAUUCUUCCAUGAGUGUUUCAUCCGCUCUAUUCGAAGCACAUAUUUAUGAUAAUUGCCUACCUUGGCUUCUCAAUGGAAUCUCCCAAGUUGAGCUUUUAGUACUAUCUGGCGAUACUAUGUCUUCUGUCAAUGCUAUUGUUUGUGAUUCUACUCUGCCCACAUUCCAUUAUCUUACCAAACUAGUGCUAUAUGUUGGUGAGUUUAUAAACUGGGAAUCCCUGCCAGACUUGCUUGAGAGCUCUCCUAAUCCUGAAAUUCUCGUAUUUCCAGCCAAGUGUUUGCUCUCAAGUCUGAAGACAAUUGAAAUUAAUAACUUCGUGGGAAUGUCUGGCGAGAAAUAUAUUGUAGAAUAUUUGCUAGUCUGCCGAAGUUUUGGAGGAGAUGAUAAUCCGAGGUUGCAAAUUUUUUGGAAGGCCAAGAAUGCAGAAGAAGCUAGAGGCUCUUAG